GGACUUGCAGACAUUGGAGUGCGCGGGGGCGGCAAUGCUCAAAAAAAGACAAGGAAAUUUUCGAGUCCGCUCCGACCUUCGAAAGCGCACUCACAUUAUGACGCUUGUCGGCCAAGCAAUAUGCCGACUUCCGAUACUCACAAAAAGGUCGCAGCCCUCGCGCCUGGCGCGCCCCCUGCCAAUGCCUCCAAUACCUCACAGGGGGCUGUGGUUUUGGGCGACACCAACGAUGACGCCGCCGCCAAGGCCGGAGGAGAUGGCUGGAACCACGGACGACAGCGUGCCGGCCGCAAGGGCAAGAGGAAUGGUGCCGGCGGAGGGCCCGGCGGUCAGGAUAGAAAGCGCAAGGAUCGCGAGGACCGAGCGCACUUCUCGACUAAGCGGCGACGGCCCCAGGGCGGCAACGGCAACGACGAGGCGGCCGACGGCGCGGGCGAUGCGCCCUCGUACAUGAACAUCCAAUUCUCUGCCGAGGAGAUCGCGGCCGAGGAGAAGCGACCGAAGCGCAAGGUGGCCGUGCUCAUAGGCUACGCUGGCACUGGCUACAAGGGCAUGCAGAUCAACCACCAGGAGAAGACGAUCGAGGGCGAUUUGUUCCGGGCCUUUGUCGAGGCUGGCGCCAUCUCCAAGGCAAACGCAAGCGACCCGCGCAAGGUCAGCCUCAUGCGCUGCGCUCGCACGGAUAAGGGAGUCCACGCGGCGAGCAACGUUGUCUCGCUCAAGGUGAUCCUCGACGAGCCCGAGGCCGCCAAGACGGCUGAGGCGUCCACCGAGGAGGGCGAGGGCACAAAGACAAACAGUGCCGAGACUGCCGGGGAUGACCAGAACCUCGAGGUUGACAAGGCUGGUGAGGCUGGCGACAUGACCGCGGAGGAGGCGCUGACAGCGCGUAUCAACAAACACCUGCCAGACCAGAUUCGUAUCUGGGGUAUCAUACGGACAAACAACGCAUUUAGCUCGCAUCAAGCGUGCGACUCGAGGUGGUAUGAGUACUUGAUGCCUAGUCAUGUGCUGCUGCCACCGCACCCAGACAGCUUCCUAGGCAAGAAGAUUGUGGCCGCCGUCAAGGAGAAGGGCGAGUUCGACGACUGGAAGACCAGGCUCGGCGAAACGUUUGACUUCUGGGACAAGGUCGAGGAGAACGAGAUCAAGCCCAUCCUGUCGAAGCUUGACGAUGCGACUAGAGACGAGGUUCUUAGAAGGCUUCACGUCAUUGACGAUCUCCAGCAGCCUAACCAACUCGGAGCCGAGGAUGUAGAGGUGGGGGGCGCUGCCCCCGACGGAUCGAAUAAGUCCCCCGCAGCUACAGCUGUAGAGACUGGAGAGGCCCCCGCGUGCGAAACGGCGGCUCCGUCAACUGCCGACCCCCAGGCCAUGGCGGACGUUCAAAACGACAAGGCCGCCGCCGCGCCAGAUGCCGAGGCCGACCCCGCCGACGCCGAGAUGGCAAUCAGCUCGUGGUACACGGCUAGUGAGGCCGAGUUGGCCGUGCGCGACAUCAAAGCCGCCUACAUCACAGCCAAGAAGCGGUACCGCGUCUCAGAGGAGCGGCUCUCGCAGCUCCAGGGCGCGCUCGACUGCUAUAUUGGCACCAACAACUUCCACAACUACACCAUCCUCAAGAAGUUCUCCGACUCGUCGGCUAAGCGGCACAUCAAGUCCUUCGUCGUCAACCGGCAGCCCAUCCAGAUCGGCGACACGCAGUGGCUGUCGCUCAAGGUGCACGGCCAGAGCUUCAUGAUGCACCAGAUCCGCAAGAUGGUCGCCAUGGCCGUCCUGCUCGUCCGCUCGGGCGCCCCGCCUGCCGACCGCAUCAAAGCCAGCUACGGCCCCAAGCGCAUCAGCAUCCCCAAAGCCCCCGGCCUGGGGCUGCUGCUGGAGCGGCCCGUGUUCGAGAACUACAGCAAGCGCGCCGUCCAGAGCCUGGAUCGGCCCCCGCUCAACUUUGACAAGUUUGAGGCCGAGAUCCAGUCGUUCAAGGACAAGCACAUCUACAAGCGGAUGUGGGAUGUCGAAGAGCGGGCGAACGUAUUCCACACAUUCUACAACCAGCUGGAUAGUUUCGCCACCGACUACUUCCUCUGGGUCACGGCCAACGGAUUUGACGUUGCCUACGAGCGCAAGGAGAAGGGUGACCGCGUCCCCAAGGGUCUGGAGGCUCAGCUCGGAGAUGACGGCGAGAACCCUGACGAAGGUGAGGGCUAGAACGGGCCUGCGGACAGAAAGAGGAUUUUGUGCAGCCUUCGGUGUAGUUAAGAGCUGGUGAUGACCGGGAUCCCGUGGGCUCGACGGGAUAUGGUGCCACUUGACGUCGAUGGCCUUUUUUCUUCUGGCGCCUCCUGUUUGAGACAGAUUACAGAUACCCUGGCAUGAUGCGCUGUGAAUCAAGUCGUUCUUAACCCCAAAGAAAGGUCUUUGUUCUAGCCUGAUUUGACAUGAGAUAUUCAACGUAAG